GUGUUUCCGCAUUCCGUACGGAGCUGACAGCAGGAGCGCAAGUUGUGCAGAGGUAGUCGCGUCUUUGAAGGCAUCUCUCGAGUCAUUCCCAGGGGAUAACAAGACCAAAGCCAAGGGGCAGGAAUGCCUUACAUUUUCAUCAGCACGCAGAUCCGACUGGAGUCUGGUCCAACGAAUGUAGGAGACGAAUUUUCUGAUCCAUCUAUCAUGAGUUACCUGGGGGCGAGAAAAACAACCAUGCUGGGAAACAAUUUUUCUGAAUACCAUGUGGACGACCCACCUCGCCUGGUGCUGGACAAGCUGGAGAAGAUUGGCUUCCGCUUGCUGUCGAUGACGGGAGUGGGACAGACGCUGGUGUGGUGUCUCCACAAAGAGUCGGAGUGAUUUAUCACCUUAUAACCUUUUCUACUUUAUGUUAUGAUGUAUUUACUACCACAGAUGAGAGAAAGCAACUUUAGAGCUGAGGAAAUCUUUUCUAUAAGGUUUCCGAUUGAACAGGUUGCCGGGUUGACGGUAUGGUGGAACCACAUUCCAGAGAUUUUAUUGGACCAUUUGUUAGUAAUGUUGUUUACUGCAGGUGUGUUGAAGUUAUUUGUCCAUACGAGGUCAGAGAACCUUUCUGUCAUGCAGGGAAAAAACUGUGAUGAAAGAUGUUUGUAUAUUAAAUUAGCAUUUUGUUUAUGAAUAAAUAAUGUGGAGAUCUGAAAUGUUUUUAACAAUAAAUAAUAAAUACAUGCAUUUUAACAAUAAGCAAUUCAUUGUUAUCGAACAAUAAAAACAUUCGUUGCUUCA